GCCCAAUGUUCUUACGACGGUUCAGCAACACAAGUCGAUCUAUUCAACCUUGUGAAAUUAAAUGAGACUGUCGACAUGCUGCAACAGCGCGUUCAUUCGAUCGAAACAGACUUGAAAGACGUAUCGACCAAUACCCAGUUCGUCGCCGAUGAAUUCCGCAUGACUCGAUCAUCAGCAGAACGGGCAAGUCAAAGCGCCGUCGUUGGCAGCAGUGACAGUAACAGCAACUACAAUAACAAUUUCGCAGCGAUGAAUAGUCUUUUUGCUUCAUCGUCAAACUCGAACGGACAGUGGUCAUUGUCGCUUACCCCUCGAGGAUUGAGGAUCGACACAAACAUCAUAUCGCUCCAUGACUUGUAUAAUAUUCUUCUCACAGGAGUAUCUCAAUCCGAUGCAUCAUCGACGUCGUCUGGUGCAUCCACAUCUGUGCCUGAACUCGAUCGAACGACGAUCGCUCGGAAGAAGAAUCUGUGGAAAACAAAGUUAAAAACGUUCCCUUUGUACAGCACGUGGGAGCCACAUAGGGCGGACGCCCCAAACGACCACGCGCAGAAUAAUAAUAGUAAUAAUGAAAAUGCCCCUGAAAUGAUGUCACAGGAGACGUGCGACGAAUUGAUGGACAUUUACGACGAGUGUCUAUUGUGCUUGCCAUGUGCCGAUCUGGACGAUUCGGUGGCAGACCGCUACAAGAAGGGGACACUCGACCCGCUGCUGCAGUAUGCUGCACUGGCAUGGACCGCACGACACGCUGCCAUCUACCACGAUCUGUUUCCUGGUCGCGACCCGAAUCUUGUCGGCGAGCAGUUUUUUGAUAAGGCCAAGGAAUUGCUCAAGGAGCGGUUCACGACGACGGACAUUGACACGAUGCACGGCCUCAUCAUCAUGUACGUGUACGCCAUUGGACGACCGGACGAGCGCAGGAACUCGAUGCAGUCCGAGGCGUACAUCUAUCUCGGGCUUGCGAUUCGAAUGUGUCUGAACAUGAAAAUGUUCCAAGAAUCGACAAGCCCUGAUCCCAUCAUGCGCGAGAAACACCGCCGGUUUUUCUGGGCUCUCUAUUUCCUCGAAACGCUCUGCACAGUACACUCCGACAAGGCCUUCUCCUUGCCGCCCGAAGACCUCAUUACUGUGUCAUUCCCGACAGUCUUGCCCCAUGAGGUCGGUGGUGAAAAGCAAUGGCGCGUGCUCUUCACAAGCCAACGGUUCCGCAUCACGCGCAUCUACCGUAACAUCAUCUACAAGACGGCGCAUGAAAAGCCGCUGCUUUCGUCCAUCUCGACACUCGACAAGGAUCUGGACGACUGGCUCGAUCAGCUGGUGCCUGAAUUCAAAUACACGGCAGGCGAUAUCAACCGACGGGACUGGGCAUCGUCGUCGUUUCGAGAGCAAGGCUGCAUCAAACUGAAUUCCGAGUACAACUUCCAACUGUGCCAGCUGUAUAGCUUGUUUGCGUCGAAAUCGGAACAGCGGCAGCCGUCUGCGAUUGACCUGCUCACCAACGAACGAUGCAAAGUUGCUGCUGACAAUAUCGUCGACUUGCUCGAAUGCUUCUCUCGUUUAAAGCAACGGUGGUGCCACUUUUCGCUCGAGACAACAAUGAUCGCAACAAUGGUGUACGGGUCGAUGCUCUCCAGUCCGAACUCCGAAUGGCCGAGACAGCAAUUGCAGCGCAUGCUCACCAUUCUUUCCAAUUCCCCUGUGCAACAUCACAAGUACGUCUUUGCACUGACGAAGCGAAUUGAAAAAAUGCUUGCCGAA